GAAGAUAUCGUCCAUUAAUAUGAAUUGAAUGCUACCAAAUUGAUUGAUACUUGGUAAUUGUUUGAAUUAGUUGGUAUUAACCCGCGUGUAGUUCACUUGAUUGAAUGGUGAGAAAGUUGGAAGAAUGUUUAAGGAUCGAAACUUGUAGCAAUCUUGUAUAUCAGAGGUUACGGUCCUCCAUGCAUGUUGGGUUGGAUCUCUCGUGCGCACGGUAUAAAUCUACCAUUAUUGAGGUGACAGAGUCAUCGUGACUUACAAUCUCUCAAAAAUCUUGUAGGACGUGCGGGGCCAUUGGUUUGGGGUUUCAAUAGAAUUGAAUUGGUUGGUAUCGAAGGUGUAUGUACUCCCUCCGUCCCCAAUUAAAUGUCCCAUUUUACCAUAUUGGGAUGUCCCUAUUUAAAUGUCUCAUACCUCAUUUGGUAAAGUUUGUGUGGCUCAAAAUCAUUCUUACUUUAUUCCUACUUUAUCAAUUAAUAUCAACCACACAAAGCUACUUUUCUUAAAACUCGUAUCACCCUCUUCCGGAACUUUUAAAAGGGGACGGAGGGAGUAUGUGUGUAUGUAUAUAAAGUGAGGCCAAUGAUUGUAGAACGUGAUAUGUACUCUGUAUAUGUUAAAGCAUGCAUUGUUCUGAUGCAGCUACUGGAGGGCCGGUCUGGAGUAGGACGUGCGUGGGAUAGAGGAUCCUCUUUUUCAACAGAGCUGAUCGAGGCAUGCUCCACCUUUAACUUUCCUCCAUCAUCACCCCCCACCCCUACCCCCACAUCAUUUGUUUGUAAUUCUUGUAUCCGUAUUGCUUUACGGGUGGGGUAACUAAUAGUGUAAUUAAUACCAUUAAUUAGGUUUCCAUAUUUAUUAGGUUUCCUAAUGUAUUCAGGACAUAUUUUAUUAUAUAUAUGACACCUAGGGCUACCACAUUGGUAAGCCUUCCCAUUAUUCUCACAUGGUAUCAAGAGCUCUAGGGUUUUAGACAGUCUAAAUUUUUUUUUUGUUCCAUGGAGUUAAAGCAGAUGUUAUCUCACACCAAGAAAAAGGAGAAUCAGUCCAUGGAAGAAUAUGUCCGUGGCAUUCAAACUAUUGCUGACAGCCUGACAAUUUAGCCUCCAUCAAUUCUCCGGUUUCCAAUGCUGAUCUUAUUCAAUAUACUCUUUUAGGCUUAGGGCCGGGUUAUGAAUCACUAGUGGGUCCCCUUACCUUGUUUCCUGAAGGUCUCACUUUCGACAAAUUAGGCACGAAGCUGGUUCAUCAAGAGGCACGCUUACGCUACCAACAGUCCUUGGAACCGUCACUCUCAGCCCCGGCGUUCGCUGCACUUCCACCCGGCGAUCAUCAAUCCCAGCAUUCUGGCCGAGGUCGUGCAGCAUCCUCCAACGACAAUCCGCAACAGCAGCCCGACCAAGGCGGACGUGGUGGCCGGAGAGGACGCGGCAGAGGGCGUGGCCGUGGCCGCUAUCAGCCGCAGCAGCAGUACGGGCAGCCCCAACCGUACUUCGGUCCCGGACAGCAACACUAUCCGCCGGCAGCACAUCCUAGAGGGACAAAUCAACCACAAAAUUGGGGACCUGGUACAGUUUUUUGUAAUACAGUCAUUCAGCUGUAGCUUGUCCGUCUCGUUUUGUUCAAACUCAGGCUCCAGUCUUAGCGAUAUCUACUGGUGAAGCCACGCCAGCCGUUUGGUAUCCCGAUUCCGGUGCUUCCGCUCACAUGACUCCAAAUGAAGGACACAAUUUCGGGGAAGAUGCUCCUCCAAGCUUCUAGUAAUGGCGGUGUUUAUCCUAUCCCUAUCACUCAUUCCUCCCCAGUUGCUCUCAGUUCACAAGCUGCUCCCGGACCAAUUUGGCAUCGUCGUUUGGGCCAUUGUGGAAGUCGUAUCUUAGAUAGAUUAAAAAAAUCUGGCAGUGUUCUUAGUACUUCUAAUUUUUCUCAUGAUUGUAUUUCUUGUCGGUUAGGAAAAUCACAACGAUUACCUUUUCAAGAAGUAUGGCAUAAAUCUACUGCUCCUUUGUUUUUAAUUCAUUCUGAUGUUUGGCAGUCUCC